AUGGCCACCAACUCCAGUUCAGGGAAUGAUCCUAGCUUUGCCAUGAGUGAACUUUUCCUCUUCUACAGUAAGAAUGUGUUUGCCACCCUCCAUAUUCUCCUCUUCUUCCUGGGUAUGUCUGGAAAUGUCUUACUGCUUUUGGUCCUGAUCCUGAGCCUCAGGAGAAAAAGUGGCAGCCAUAUUGCACGUCUCAUGGAGCCCCUGCUCAUCAAUAUUGCAUCUCUUGACCUCAUCUUCUUCCUUUACAACUUUCCUGUCAUGCUUGGCAAUAUCAUGUUUAAGGACUGGCAUUUGGGCUACUUGUUUUGUGUCACUCACCACAGCCUGUCCCUGUGGAUCACCUUUGCUGACUUCUACAGCAUGCUGGCUGUCUCGCUGCUUCGCUAUACUGCUGUAAUCCACCCAGUGCACAUGGUUCUCAUCUCCCCAAGGCAAAUCUCUCUGGCCUGUAUUUUUAUCUGGCUUGUUUGUCUCCUGUUUUCCAUCCCUGUUUGGCUUCACUAUGGGAUAAUCGAGGUGGAAAGAGAAAUAUUUUGUGUGAGCCACAUGGCAAGCACGGAUCUGAAUCUUUACCUGCAGCUAUUGGGAGGAGUGGGGUUUCUGCCUGCCUUGUUGAUUAUGAUUUUCUGCUACUCCAGGAUCAUCUCCACCUUAAGGGUUAGAAGGAUACUGUCUAUACACACAGCUGCCAGCCUGCAUGCUAACUGGCGAGCUACAAUGAUGGCUUUGGUCACUAUGGUGGCCCUUGUGGUCAUGUCUCUUCCAUAUUGGCUAAUGGUUUUCUUUGCUAGGAAUGAUCAGGUCUUGACCACAGCCCCCAUGUAUUUGGCUUAUCAUCUGACAUCCUUCCUGGCCUUUGCCAACCACUGCAUCAAUCCUGUCAUCUGCUUCUGUCUCUCCUUCCAGUUCCAAGCUAGGCUGAGGAACCUCUUUAGGAGGGCAGGGAAAGGUAUUCGACAACUAGGUCUUAGCCAUGUGGGUAGGACAGAAGCAGAUGAAGGAAAAUAG